ACUCACAUGUGAGAUUUGUUGUAACGUCUCUAUGUUGAAAUUCAGGUUAUUUUUUUGUGAGACAUCCGAAGUUGAAGGCACCUGGGUGGGGCUCAUGAAUGACGAGCACAGUGGAGAUUAAAAGGAACCGAAAUGUUAGAAUCUCAGUUGAUCGUCUGCAUUAUACAUUCAGAAUCUACACAUCUCUACAGCUCUAGGAUGUUACUGCUGUUUCAUACCUUACUGCUUUUGGACGGUUUGUUUGCUGCAGAAACAGUCGAGACAGUGACAGUGAUUGAGGGAGAUUCUGUUACUCUAUACACAAAUCUUGCUGAAAUACAGAACGAUGAUACGAUACUGUGGCUGUUUGGACCUAAAGACUCUGUCAUUUCUCAAAUAACGAGAAAGCAAGACCUGACUUCAUUUUUUGUCACUGAUGGCGUGAGAUUCAGAGACAGAUUGCAGGUGAAUCAAAAGACUGGAUCUCUCACCAUCAGAAACACCAGAAUCAGACACAUGGGACAAUAUAAACUCAGCAUCUCUAGAAAAAAUACUACGACCAAGAUAUUUGAAGUUAUUGUUAUUGGUGUAGCUGGUGAGACGGAUGGAGUGAAGUCAAUGUCAGUGAUGGAGGGAGAGUCUAUAAUUCUACGGAAUGAUUUUUCUGAAGUACAGAGAGAUGAUCUAAUAGUCUGGAGGUUUGGAGAUAAAGGCGUCCUCUUGGCUAAAUUUGAUGUGGAAAAUAAUGACACGUCAUUAAACAAUGCUGAUGAGAUAUUCAGAGACAGACUGAAGCUGGAUCGGAAUGGAUCUCUGACCAUCGAGAAGACCAGAACUACAGACUCUGGACUUUAUGAACUACAGAUCAGAGGCCGUGCGAGCUCACAGCGAUUUCUGGUUUCUGUCAGUGAUUCAGAUCCAUCUCCAGGUCUUAUAGCAGCAAUUGUUGUUGCGCUGGUUUCGGCUGCAGUUGCAUCCUCUGUUGUGGUUUACUGUUGCUGCAAGAAAAAAAAGGUGGGUUCCACAGGAGAAUAACUGAAUGAUUCAUUGACUGUAGAGAUGCCACUGCUGAGGUGAGAUGAACUGGGAAACUGGUAUGAAACUCUUUCAUUAUUAACUUAGCAACUGGAUGCACAUCCCACUUAUUUUAUGAAGUAUUUUUACAUGGAAGGUAGAAAUAUUAUAUCUCAUAAUAUAAAUAUCUCAGAAGCUAUUUCUUGCUUUAAAAUAAUAAUAAUAAAAUAAAAUAAAGAAUGUUCUUCCACUAUAAAGAAUCUGUUGUGGAAUGGAAAGGUUCUAUGGAUGUUAAAUGUUCUUCAAAGAAGAACAUAUGACAGGAAAUACGCAUUUUUUACAUUUACAUUUAAUCAUUUAGCAGACGCUUUUAUCCAGAGUGACUUACAAAUGAGGACAAUAGUCAAGUCACCUUUAUUUUUUAGAAGCAAGCAAUCAAACCAAUAGAAGCAAUCAAACCAACAAGAGAGCAACAGUAAACAAGUGCAAUGUCAAGUCUCAGUUAGCACAGUGCACCUAGGUUAGCUAGGGUUGUUUUGUAUAUAUAUAUGAAUAGAAUAGAAUAGAAUAGAAUAGAAUAGAAUAGAAUAGAAUAGAAUAGAAUAGAAUAGAAUAGGAAUGUGCUCGUAUUAGUCAGGUGUUGGUGAAAAAUGUCAUUUUUAAAAUUACUUUUUAAAAUGUCUUCUUUUUCUUCAAAUAUUUUCAUAAAUGGUAUGGGGGGGUAUAUGUAAAUACACACACUGUUACUGUUUUACGUCUUUUGUCUCUUAAAGAAAAUGGUUCUAAACAGUACCAAAUUAGAGUUGUUUGGCUUGUAACAAUAGCGGAACCCUUUUUGAAGCUAACUAGAACACUUUUAAAUAAGGUCCCGUAAAGAACCGUGCUUGUAGGACCUGGUGUUAUAAAUACUCUUUUUGUUUAUCAGUAUUUUUAUAUUAUUAAUACGAUUUGAAAGUUCAAUAUUUUAACUGUUUAGAGUGAGUUGACAGUCACAAAUUUGACAAAUUUGAAAAAAAAAAAGGUGGGAAAAAAGAAUCCUGAACUCUAGUGCAAAAAGAACUGUUACUAUGUGUAAAUAACUUUUAAAGUACAAUUUUUUUUUUUUUCAAGUGUAGUAGUUGCUGUGUUGCCUUUAAGAAUGUAAGAUCAUUUCUAGGUUUGUUGUGAAGUGGAAAUCUUUCAAUGCAUGUAUUGUAUAAUAAACUCUUGUCAAGAGAAAUGGAGUACUCUUUUCCAAACAAUUUUAAAGAUCUGAAUGAUAAGAAAAUAUGUUUAAAAAGUAGAAAAUACCACAUCAUGUAAAGAUGACUUAUGUGAGUGAGUGAACGUGGGUUCUGGGAGAAAAGUGCAUUGUUAUGAAGACAGUUUGGAAUGAAAUGUCUAGAAGGACAGAAAUCUUAUAAGAUGUAUAAUAAAAAAAAUGUGUUACCUGUGGGAUCAGGGUGAUAGGGGAAAUGCAUAAAGGAGGUUUGGUCAAAAAAGUAAUUGAUAGUUUGUGAACAGAUUAAAUUCUUCUUUAAGGAGAAUAAUUUAUUCUCUGAUUUUCAACAUUCACAUUGAGUAGGACAUUCAACAGGGACAGCAAUG